GCAAACGGUGAGCACAGCACUUGACCAUUACGGUGUAGACGACCGUGUCCGUUUUAACGUUAAAACUGCCGCCAUGGUGAAGAGAGUGGCAGUGAUCGGGGGCGGGGCCAGCGGACUGACCUGCAUCAAGUGUUGUCUAGACGAGGAUCUCGAACCCGUGUGCUUUGAGCGCUCCGACGAGAUCGGUGGGCUAUGGCGUUUCACCGAGGAUGUGGGGCACGAUUUGGGUUGCGUCAUGAGAUCCACCACUAUCAACACCAGCAAAGAGAUCAUGUGCUUCAGUGAUUUCCCAAUGCCAAAAGAGUGCCCCAACUUUAUGCAUAACACGCAGGUGUGGGAGUACUUCAAGCUCUAUUCCAAGACGUUUGGACUUGAGAAAUACAUCAGAUACAGCACAGAGGUCCUGUCGGUGAAGCCGAUGUCAGACUUCCAGACGAGUGGACAGUGGGAAAUCAUCGUGCGUGACAUCUUGACCAACCAGGUCACCAAGCACGUGUUUGACGCAGUUCUCGUCUGCACGGGCCAUCACGCGCGCAAACACCAGCCUGUAUUUGCUGGACAGGAGGAUUUCCAAGGGAGAGUACUCCAUUCAGUGGAAUACAAGGAUAGUCGAGGGUUUGAAGGAAAGCGAGUUGUCAUCAUUGGUAUAGGCAACUCGGGAGGCGAUGCAGCCGUUGAACUAAGCCGUACUUGUUCUAAGGUUUUUCUGAGUACCAGGCGAGGCAGCUGGGUGUUUAACCGGGUGGGACCGAACGGCGUUCCCGUGGACAUGGUGGUCGCAACCCGGAUGACGAAUUACAUGAAGACCAUCAUGCCUUACUCCAUGUUGAACAAAACGGUGAAGAAACAGAUCAACAGCCGGUUCGACCACAGGCUGUACUGCCUGGAACCGAAGCACGAGGUGUUCUCCCAGCACCCGAUGGUCAACGACGAGUUGCCCAACAGGAUCCUGUCCGGGACGCUCACCGUCAAGGCAGACGUGAAGCGCUUCACGAGGACGGGGCUGGAGUUCGUGGAUGGCACGUCGGAGGACGACAUCGACGCCGUGAUCCUCGCCACGGGCUAUGUGAUCGGGUUCCCGUUCGUUGACAAGUCGGUGAUCGACAUCCAGAACAACAGGGUGGAGCUCUUCAUGUAUAUGUUCCCGCCCGAUCUGGCCAAGCCGACUCUAGCCGUCAUAGGAUGCGUCCAGCCCAUUGGAUCCACGAUACCCAUUGCAGAAAUUCAGGGUCGCUUGGCGACAAGAGUUUUUAAGGGUGACGUCACACUUCCGGAUGAGAAUGCCAUGUGGCAGGACAUACGGGACAAAGAGAAUGCGAUGGCGAAACAAUACAUAAAGUGUCAACGUCACACGAUCCAAGUGGACUACAUAACCAUCAUGGACCAGAUCGCAGAACUCAACGGAUGUAAGCCAAGUGUCGCGAGCAUGCUGCUUUCUGACCCCAAGUUGGCAAUGGCAUGUUGGUUUGGACCCUGCACCCCAGUUCAGUACAGACUGACCGGCCCUGGGAAAUGGUCUGGUGCACGCGAGGCCAUUAUGACGCAGUGGGACCGAAUGCGCUAUCCCCUGCAAACCAGACCAGUCCCAGAAAGACCAGACCAAGGAAAAGGUCCCCUGCCCUUGAAGCUGGCCAUUCUGGUCGUCGUGCUGGGAGUACUCUAUGUGGUUUUCUUCUGAUUUAGAACUCUUCUGAACAAUCGUAGUCCUGACAUAUGGAGCAGUUUAGCCUGUGUAAAUGUUCUUAGCUAGGUUGUGGCAUUAAUUUGUGAUAGCAUUAGUCAUAGAUCGUACGCCAUAGGCACGAGGGAUUAAGGAAUUGGUCAUCAUAGUCGUAGAUACCGUAGCUUUGUUUUCCUCGAUCCAGUUAGUACGCCAAUAAAAGAUCAUGGUAUGUAUUUUUGCCCCAGGGGCGGGAUGUAACUAAGUGGUAGAGUCCAGCGACUGAUACAUCAAACUCCGUGGCAUAUGCUGCCCUUUGCAUAUGUAAAAGUCUUUGCUGCUAUUCGUUAGGAGUAACCAUGUGAUGGCAACGGGUUAUUCUCUCACUCACUGAUAUGAGCCAAGCGUAAAAACAAUAGCCCAGCAUAUUAGACACCUUUAAAGGCAUGUCGUCACAGACCACUGACCUAUUUAAUGGUCUAACAAAGUAUUACCUGAACAAAAAUAAUUUGAUUUGUCCCUAAAUGUACUUUAUUCAACCACCUUCAUAGCCACCAUACUCCAUUUAUUAAUGAUAUUUUGUAAAAAUAAUUGAAUUAUGGCAAUGGUCCAUAAUUCAAAAACUAAAAUUUUCGAGAGGGUUGACAUGGAUUUCACUGCAUCAUGGUUCUGUUAAGGCGAUGCGAUGGCUAGAUUUGGUUUCCAACAAGUAAUGUAGUUUUUAUUUAUUAUCCAUUUUUAGUGACAUAAGGUCCUUAAAUCCGUGACAGUAUGCCUUUAAAGCCUCCUGUAUAAAACUACCUUGGGUCUCGUUAAACAGAUACCUCUUUCUGUUCAUUAGAGAGUCAUCUAUUAUAAACAUUUACUGUCUGCGAAAAUCAAUACUUGACCAGAAUGCUGCAGUGAAACAUAGUUUGGAAAUACUACUUUUGUCCAUGACGAAUGUGCCUUUUGACUUUGGGUUAGCUGUUUUUCGUAUAAUCAGCCGCUAAUAAAACGUGUCUGUCCCGCGACACUAACUAAUUAUUGCCGGUCUUAACAAUGUCAAAAGAUCAACAACAACAACAACAGAAACAAAAACAAUGCCUGAAGAGAUCACUACGAGAUCCACAGCGAAAGCUGACGGUAAAUGACAAAUAUGUAUUACAGAUAGCCAUGAGAGAAGAAGAAGAAAAAGAAGAGAGAGAGAGAGAGAGAGAGAGAGAGAGAGAGAGAGAGAGAGAGAGAGAGAGAGAGAGAGAGAGACAGACAGACAGAGACAGACCGAGACUGUGACUGACUGACUGUCAUUGACAUGCCGAAGUUGAAAGCAACAUAAUGAUGUCAUGAUGACAGAACUCAAAAUAGAGACAAGAAAUGGAACCGAAGUAUUAAUAAAUCAACCCUGAACCUAAACUCGACCAAAUGACUGCUGUUGUCAAUAGGGUUUUUAUGUUGUCAGGCUUAGACCAUCAAAUGUCUUUUACAACAGAAAACUGACAAACGUAUACAAAUUCUGACGUUUUACCCUUUUGAAACGCAAUUCUGAAGAAACAAAAACUAAUAAAAGUUUAAAAGAUUCCGGUAAACCUGUUGCGUGUUUCUCUUUAAAAUUAAACUAAUGCGACAACACUGAACGCAAUAUACAUGUAUUGUAUUUACAUCCAGUUUCGGUUAAUGGAUACUGCCUUGCGCGCACGUUCAGGUCAUGCGAUGAUGCUUAAUAGUGAAAGAUAUAUAAGGCGAUGUAUAUCCUUUUUAUUAUCCACUUGGUGAACAUAUAGCUGCAUCAUAACAAUAUUAUUUCUCGUGCACCAUGACUGGUAUAUCAAAGGCCGUGGUAUGUGCUAUCCUGUCUGUAUGAUGGUGCAUAUAAAAGAUCCCUUGCUACUAAUGGAAAAAAUGUAGCGGGUUUCCUCUCUAUGAAUGUGUCAAAAUGACCAUAUGUUUGACAUCCAAUAGCCGAUAAUUAAUAAAUCAAUGUGCUCUAGUGGUCUCGUUAAACAAAACAAACUCUUUUUUAUAACAAUAUUGUACGCACCACCAAUAUCGUGCGUAAAUAGUUGUCCGUUUCACGUUUCAACACAAGGUAGAUUUAGUAGGUUAUUUUUAUUUUUAUUUUUUAUUUUUAUUUUUUUUAUUAUUGCCUCAGUACAAAAUGCUUACCUACCUCUUCAAAAUGAUGGAAUGUACGGGUUUCCGGACAAAUAUUACUUUCUUUGCGAACUUUCCUUGUAUCAAGAUAUCAAGGCACGAGAGAGAAUUUAUGUGUUUACAAUGAGUUAGGUCGAAUGCCAUUACAAUACAAAAGGUAUAUGAUCAUUCUAAAAUAUUGGAUAACGCUACUGAAAAGUGAUAAUUGUAUAUUAUCGAAUAUUUACAAAUAUUUGUAUAAUGCAUGUGAAACUUGUACUAACUGGGCUACUAAUGAUAAAAAGCUUCUUGAUU